GGUUUGACGCAAAAGCAUAUAUCCAAGUUGCAACAGCAGUUUCUUACCGUGCAUCAUGGAGUCAAGUACGGCCAAAAGGCGGAAGUUAGGCCAUGGAGGCACUGGGCCGUCGCUGCAUGUUGGCAUCGCUCCCACUUCAGCAUCAAGUGCUUUUGUCGAAGCUACACAAGAGCUUGUUGAUCAAGUCCGAAUUAACAAUAACGCUGAAGCCUUCGAUGGCGCCAAUACCACACUAAAGAAGUUCAAAGAUGUUAUCGACGCCCUUGAGCCCCAUGACCCUGAACUGAUUGGCACUCUUUCUUCACAGUUUGAGAAGGAUGAUGGCAAUGGCAAAAUCAAGAUACCAUACCCCAGUCCCAAGCCGGGUAAGGACUCACAGUAUAAGCUCGCAUUUGCAAAGCCAGUGGCAGUCAAUGUGGUAGGCUCUUACCGUCUCGAGACAAUGGUCAAGUCUCAGUCCGAGUACAACAUCGACAUGAUUGUGGUUAUGCCGAAUUCCUUAUUUCAGGAGAAGGACUUCCGUGAUAGGCGCUAUUUCCUUAAGAGGGCAUACUUCCUUGCCAAGGUUACUGCUGGAUUGCGGAAAGCAUUCGAUUCAACAUUCAAUUUCGUGUUCGACCACUUGCACGGCAACAACUUGCUUCCAGUCCUCCUGGCACGGCCUAGGGGUAGCAAGGGCGACACGAAAAAGAAGUACGCAAUUCGUAUCAUACCGUGUGCCCAGCAAGAUCCAGAAACUCCAUUUCCCGCCUCCAAAACAUUACCGACAAGUAGCACAAUCAAGGACUCAACGACGCCUACGCCCUACUAUAAUUCAACCCUCAGAGCCGAGAGUCUUUUCGUUCCGUAUUUUGACUUGCUCAACAAAACGGUCAAGGCAUGUGCUGCCUACAAGGAUGCCUGUGUUCUGGGGAGAACAUGGCUGCAACAGCGUGGGUUGAAUUCGACUGUCUCCGGGGGUGGUUUUGGCCAUUUUGAGUGGGCAGUUCUUAUUGCACUUUUGUUGAAGUCCGGGGGUAGGAAGGGUGAGCCGGUUCUGUCCAGCUCCCUCAACGCCAGUCAGAUCUUCAAGGCAACAAUUCAAUACCUGGCUGCGGCAAGUUUCCCAAAGAAACCUGUCAUUGUAGGUCCUCAGUCGAACCCCGGUGACGUCCGUCAAACCGGUCCAGUUUUGUUCGACGCGGAAAGAAUGCACAAUCUUCUCUUCAAGGCGACAAGCUGGUCUGCGAACUUCCUUCAGCAGCAAGCAAAGUGGUCCCUGGCUAGCUUAAAGAACGAUUCGUUGGAUCAGUUUGACUCUUUGUUCAUUGUUAAAGUCGAUCAAUUGCUGCAGAUGUUUGAUCUGGUAGUCAAGGUCAACUUGCCGGCAGAGAAGAAUAUCCAAACGAGCGCGGACGCUCGUGGAGCCGCAUUUUAUUUUGGGGACAAACUCCACAAGGUUGUCAAGAGGGCGCUUGGCGACAGAUCCCAAUUGGUUCACCUCUUCAUGCCAGUGCAUUUUACAUGGGCAACGUCAACUAAUCCCUCUGGUGUGUCUGGUCAUGUGCUACUGGGAGCUGUGCUAGACCCGUCAUAUGCGACGCGAAAGAUGGAUCUAGGUCCGUCAGUCGAACAGAAGGCGGAAGCAGCCAAGUAUCGUGAGUUCUGGGGCGAUGUAGCUGAACUUCGCCGCUUCCAAGAUGGCAGCAUCGUAGAGUCGAUCGAGUGGGACCUAGAUUCAACGACAAGCAUUCCAGAGCAGAUCAUUCGACACAUUGCAAAGAAACAUUUGGCACUGAAGGACGAUGAUUUCAAGUUUGAUGGCGGCAAUACCUUUUCGACUUUGGCGCGCAUCUCCCACACCGAUGCUCCGUACUUUACAGCGGCAAGACAGGCCUUUGAGGCGCUAGAGAAGGAAAUACGCGACAUUGAGGGUUUACCGCUCCACGUCAGGCAGGUUGCUCCCGUUUCCGCCGGACUUCGAUAUGCAUCAGUUCAUCCGCCGACUCCCACAAACCGCCUGCCUAUGGACUUGAUCAUCUCCUUCGAGGCCUCGAGUAAAUGGACCGACAAUAUUGCUGCAAACCAGCGACUCAAGAUGGCUUUCUUGCUCAAGCUGGGAGAAGCUCUUACAGAAUCCAACUCCGAGAUUAAAGCACACUUGGGACUCGAACAGGUUGAGCAUGACUCUCAGAACCUUGCAUUUUUGGAUGUUUUGUAUGAGGGAGGGUUCUCAUUCCGUCUCCGUCUGCAGAGUGAUGUCGAGGAGAACAUUUUGGCAGCCCGUUUGAGAAACAAGCAGCUAGAACGACACAUUCACGUGGAGGCCGAGCGAAGCCUCGCUGUCUACCAGCGCAACUAUGUGAACCUGCCUCGACACAAUCAAACGUUGUCAACAUGGUGCACCAGAUAUCCGCCGCUAUCUGACACAAUCAGGAUACUCAAACAUUGGUUCAGUUGUCACAAGUUGGCUUCCCAUUUCAACGAAGACUUGCUGGAGCUUUUCGCUCUGAAGGCAUUCCUUACUCCUUACCCCUGGCAGUUACCCACAAGUGCAACAACUGGUUUCCUACGAGCGCUACAACUGCUGGCACGUUGGGACUGGACCGAUGAGCCCUUGAUUAUCGAACACUCUGAUACACUCUUGGAUCGCUCCUCCGUGGUAGCCCAAUUUCAUGAGCUGCGGCGCCAGGACCCUCGGAUGAAUCGGAUCGUGCUGUUUGUUGCUACCUCGCACGAUGCAUCCGGCACUGCAUACACCCAGAACGGUCCUUCCCGGGUAGUGGCAAAUCAAAUGACCAAGCUUGCCCGAUCAGCAUGCGAAUUUGUUAAGACCAAGGGGGUCGAACUCGAUGCACGAGCUCUUUUCCAGUCCUCGAUAAAACAUUACGACUUUGCUAUCAGACUGAGCUCAAAGGUCAUCAAAAGCAUAUUGAAAGAUGAUGGCACCAGGCACUCUCACUUCAAGAACCUCCAUGGCGGCCAUGGCGAUUCAGCACUACCAUUGAUAGAACAUCCCGCCAAGAUUUUGGUUGAUCAGCUGAAAACCGCGUACGCCAAUGCGUUAGUAUUCUUCCAUGGUGGCGAAGAUGACAACACGAUUGGCGUCUUGUUCAACCCCGAGUUGAGCAAGAGAACGCGCAAGGUUGACUUACCUUGUGCAUAUAGGCCAGGAUCUGAAGAAGGAUCGCUUGAAGUUGAUCGCGAAGCUAUCAUUGCCGAGAUUGCGAGAAUUGGCACUGACUUGGUCGAGAAGAUCGAGGUCAAGGAGAGUAACUAGUUAAGCACCAUUUAGAGUAGAGUGCAACCAUAUGAUGCAUUGAUGUAGCAAAUUCGGAAAUGAUACCCUGG